GCCUAUAGUGGCGAUCCUGGGGAAAAUUUAAGCAGCUGUGGCCAUGUAAUUUAAAACCUCAGAAGAGUGUGCUGUGCUCUGUGCACAGCAUUAGUACAACAUGAGGGCUGGAUGCAGCUGGCUCUCUGGAAGACGUCCUUGCCCGUUGCCGGACAGAGAAGUUUGAGAGGCAAACCUGGGUGCAGCCGGAAAGGUCCAGAUAGAUGAGCUUGUGGCAUCCGUUUCCCAAGUUCAGGAACUCCACACACUCUUCCUGAACUGCAUUAGUUAAGAACAUCCAAACUUGGAUUUCAAAGGCGUAUGUCCUUGUUCCACCUGUCUUCGGGCCAGCUGGAUGUCAGGAUGCGCACGGUGAUCCUUGUGAUACUGCUCUGCUUUUGCAGAGCUGCUGAGCUGCGCAAGGCCGGCCCGGGUGCUUUGAGAAGCAGAACAAAUCCCAACCCCAGCCGGGCAACUGCCCGGAGAGGCUCCAACCCGGUCAAACGCUAUGCACCAGGCCUCCCCUGUGAUGUGUACACAUAUCUCUAUGAGAAAUACUUAGACUGUCAAGAAAGAAAAUUAGUUUAUGUGUUACCCGACUGGCCUCAAGAUUUGCUGCACAUGCUGUUAGCGAGAAACAAAAUCCGUGUACUGAAGAACAGCAUGUUUUCCAAGUUUAAAAAGCUGAAAAGCCUGGAUCUGCAGCAGAACGAGAUCUCCAAAGUUGAGAGCGAGGCGUUCUUCGGUUUAAAUAAACUUACCACCCUCUUACUACAGCACAACCAGAUCAAAGUCUUGACGGAGGAGGUGUUCAUUUAUACACCUCUGCUGAGCUACCUGCGUCUUUAUGACAACCCCUGGCACUGUACUUGUGAGAUAGAAACACUCAUUUCAAUGUUGCAGAUUCCAAGGAACCGAAAUUUGGGGAACUAUGCCAAGUGCGAAAGCCCACAAGGACUGAAAAAUAAAAAGCUACUGCAGCUAAAAGCUGAAGAGUUAUGUAAUGAAGAGGAAAAAGAGCAACUGGACCCCAAACCUCAAGUUUCAGGAAGACCCCCAAUCAUCAGGCCGGAGGCAGACUCGACUCUGUGCCAUAAUUAUGUGUUUCCCAUACAAACGCUGGACUGCAAGAGGAAAGAGUUGAAGAAAGUUCCAAACAACAUCCCUCCAGACAUUGUUAAGCUUGACUUGUCAUACAAUAAAAUCAACCAGCUCCGACCCAAGGAAUUUGAAGAUGUUCAUGAACUAAAGAAAUUAAACCUCAGCAGCAAUGGCAUUGUAUUCAUAGAUCCUGCUGCCUUUUUAGGACUGACACACCUAGAAGAGCUAGAUUUAUCAAACAACAAUUUGCAAAACUUCGACUAUGGAGUGUUAGAAGACUUGUAUUUUCUGAAACUCCUGUGGCUCAGAGAUAACCCUUGGAGAUGCGACUACAGCAUCCACUACCUCUACUAUUGGUUAAAGCACCAUUACAAUGUCCAUUACAACGGCCUGGAAUGCAAAACGCCUGAAGAAUACAAAGGGUGGUCUGUGGGGAAAUAUGUGCGGAGUUACUAUGAAGAAUGCCCUAAAGACAAGUUACCAGCAUACCCUGAGACAUUUGACCAGGACACAGAUGAUGAUGAAUGGGAAAAAAUACAGAGGGAUCACAUCCCAAAGAAGCAGCGUGUAAGAAUCACCAUAGUGGGGUAACUUAGAAACUGCUCCAGUUGUAGCUAUACCGGUGUCAGAAAACACAUGUUUACAUUUUAGUUAAUUGUGUUGCCUAUUUAUACAAGGCUAUCCAUCUAUCAGAAGCUUCCUUUGAUUUUUAAAAAAUAUUAUUAUGUUGUAAUAAUUUGAGUCAUCAAGGGAGCUCUCUUAUCCUGCUUUCCUGCCCAUCUGUGGAACAGCCUCUGAUUAUAUAAUUCCACAAUGGGCCGGGCAUGGUGGUACACACAUGAAAUCCCAGCACUCAGGAGACUGAGGCAGGCAGAUCAUGAGGCCAGCCUGGGCUACAUAGAGAGACAUAGUCUCAAAAUAAGCAAAACCAAACUAUUCCACACUGGUGAUGUACAGGAGCUAAAUCUCAAUGAUGGUGUUAGAAUUUUGUAACGUCUUGCGUAUAUAUUUUAAUUGCUGUUUGAAAAUAAAAUAAAAACAGGGUUCAUUUUUA